GCUAAAUUAAAUAAAAAUUAUGGUAUAACACGCAUGGAUCCCUACGUUCGUCUACGAAUUGGACAAACAGUGUAUGAAACAAAUACUGACUAUAACGGUGCCAGAAAUCCCAGGUGGAAUAAAAAUUUUAAUUGCUAUUUCUUACCCAAUGAUACUUGUAUCGAUAUUGAAAAUCUAUGUGAGUGUGCAUUCUCCCUGGAUGACAAAAUAGCAUGGGCAUGUUAUGACAUACCAGAAUCUGUACUCCAAGGUGAAACUUUAAAUGUUUGGAUUGAACUUUCAGGAAAACUUGGAAAGGGAAAAGAGGGCCUUAUCAAUCUGGUGAUCACUUGUCAACCAGUACCAUCUGGAACUCUUGUAUAUCACUCACAGCCUAUAGUUGCAGUAAUGCCAUAUGGUUCUGUUUUUGCUCGAGAUGCUGCAGCAUAUCCUCAGUGUAUAACACCAAAAGGUCAGUCAUCAGUUAUUGCUGUUUCCAAUCCAGUUCCAGCUGCAGUGCAAGAGGUUCCUGAGCAUAUCUCAAAAGAAGAUUUAAAACAAGUGAUUGAAAUGUUUCCGAAUAUUGAAGAAGAAGUUGUACAAACUGUGAUGGAUAGCAACAGAGGAAAUAAAGACCAAACCAUCAAUGCAUUGUUAGCACUAAGUGAAGGAACUUAAAGACAUUGUUUUUGAAAAAUGUAUUUUUACACCAUAUCUUGUCAUAUUUUUCUGUUGUUUAGAAUUUUUUUAUAAGUUGACUGUUAGUCUUAGUAUUUUUUCUUUUUCUAUUAGUCAUAUUGGUGCUUUUUUCAAAAAGUACAGGUAGAACUGAUACAGAAAUUUUUAAAAAAAAAUUACAUAUCAGCUUUUGUUUUCAGAAUGCAAGUAUAGUUUUAGAUUCUGUUAUAGUUAUUAUUAUAUGUUUUUAGUACCUAUAUUUAUUUUCAUAAUAUUGUAAAGUAUUUAAAAGAAACCAAUAACAGUGUAAUAUUGACUAUCAGCGUAUCAGUAUCAUUGUAUGUAUCGGUUAAUUGUAUCAUAAAAAGUACUUAUUCAUAUUUUUAUUCCAUUAUAUUUUAAUAACAUUUCUAUGAAUAAAAAAGGGCUUUAUUCCUU